AUGCGUUAUAAUAUUACUGUGCUUAAUCACCGCUUACUGCCUGAGGAUUUGAAGGCUUACUUUGUUGUGUACACCUGGAUUGUUCAAAUAUCGAAUGCAUUUUUAUUCCUGUUUACAUUGUAUAUUGUGCUAAAGUGGUCAAAGGAUGCCGUGGGGACUUACAAGUGGUAAGUAGUUCCAAAUCAACAUAAAACCCCAAAUUCCAUUUUUCCAGGUAUAUAUUAUGGUCCAUUGUAAACAUUCUUUUCUUCUUGAUGAUCAUGGCAAGCUAUGAGAUUGAGAUUUUUCCCGCAGAGAAUUGUUCCGUUGCAAGGGGAAUCAUCGAUUAUUUUCAGGUAAAUUUUAUUGAUCAAUGUCAAGAAACUAACGAAAAUUAUGAUAAAAAUGAAUCUUUCAGCUGUCUGACUAUGGUGGCUACUUCUCAGCCGUCAGUUACUCCUUCUACGAGAUGCAUAUCAUCAUAACUUUUUGUCGUUUUGCCUUCCGCUAUGCACAAAGCACUCAGCAAAUACGGUUGCUGAAAUUAAUGUCUCAUCGGCUCUUCUUCACCGCUUUGUUGGUUCUGAACGUUUUUCUUGUUAUCGUUUCAAUUAUUGAGAUCGGGGAUUCUGCAAAGCAUGGGAAGGAGUUUCAAUUGGAAUACCCAAGCAACAAUCCGGCAAUGAAGAGCUAUUUCACUUCGCAUACCGUCCUUGUAGUAAAGGUAAGGUGUGGAGUCGACACCGUAUGAGACGUUUCACUGGUACAAACCACGAUUAUUUAUUUUUUUUUCAGAAUCAACACUUUGUGACUAUCUUCAGAUUUAUCCUCUUCCCCCUUUCUCUGCUCUCCGGUUUAUGGUGUACGUGGAGGUGUUACCGAUUUCGAAGGCAUCCUAAGAACAAUUUCAGCCAACGUACUCGCCAAAUGUAUCGCCUUCUAAUCGUUGGCCUUCUAAUUGAGCAAAGCGCUGAAUUUUAUUGGUUUAUAGUUCCGUUUCUGUCCAUUGGAUUCUUUUUUGAUGUUGAAGACCAGGUCGCGGCUUAUUACAUUCUCUACCGAACAUUUUAUUUGUAUCCGACUUUCGUCAUGGUUUUUACGUUGGUGUUUUACCGCCGAUAUCGGGAGGGAGUCAAGAAAGUUUAUAGCGCCUUUUGGAAGGUUAAUUCGCCAACUGUGACGACUUCGAACAACGGAUUUUCCGUCACCAAGAUUAGUCAAGGAGUUACCAUAGCUAAGGUUACUCCUUGA